AUGACACCCACCACCAAUCUCCGAGUUCUCGCUGUCUCCCUGCUCUCCCUCCUAACUGCCCCACUUCUCACUGUUGUGGAGACCUCCCCCUCCCCCCCUCCCCAGCACACAGACCCCAUGGGGAGGCUUUUCACCGACCAGCCCAAAACGGCCCCUAGUCCCCGUCUCCUGCUCCUUGCUAUUCAGGCCAACCUACGGCCAGCUGCUCUCCAGGACAGGACCAAAACUCCCGAAACACUUCCAGAAACCUCAGAGGAGGUUUAUGAGACUCCUCCCAGACCUCUGGCCCAGGUCAUGUUCCCCAAGAAUGUGACUGCAGCCGAUGCCCUUGCACCUCCCCUAGGUGCAGCCCAGGUAGCACCCCCUCCACGGCGCCUGGUGGACGUGGACUCAUGUCGUGGUUACUACGACGUGAUGGGCCAUUUUGAUAGCUCCUUCAACUGUUCCAAGGACACCUUCAUCUAUUGCUGUGGAACGUGCCACUACCGCUUCUGCUGUCCGGAGCGUAGUCGCCGACUGGAGCAGGACAGCUGUAACAACUACCACUCUCCAGACUGGGCCAAGCCGUCCGCACCUGCCAUUAUCUUGCCCGAGGAUUUCGGACAGGACCCAGACUUUGAUCCCCUAAAGCAGCAGAGCCACAACACGGGCUUUGUCAUUGGAGGUGUUGUCGUGUUCAUGGUGGCUGUGGCUGUGGGGAUCAAGGUGGUGUUCAACAAGGUGCAGCAGGAGGCCAACCAGAGAGAUCUCAAUAUGCCCAGAGCCCUGGUUGACAUGCUGCGCCACCAGUCUAGCCCCGUCCAGCAGGAUGAGAGAAACAACAGUGUGGCUCUGGCUGUCACAGAUGGACAGGGGACGCUGGGGAGAGCUCCCAAAAACCUCUAUGCCCCUGGCCUGCCCAGCAAGGACAACAGAUUGGGCAAUUUGCAGCACAAUUUCAUCCACCCAUCGGGCUCCAGCCCAAAACACACUGCAACUAUCGAACGCACCCCACGAAUGAACAACGCUCAGCUGGCAGCUGGAGGCACCCUCCUCUCCAGCAAACACAACAACACCAAAUCCCAGCCGUCCUUCCACCAUUCCCUGCACAACCUGGCGCAGCUGCCUCCCUCCUAUGAGAGUGCCACCAAGCCUGAGCUCAACAGAUACUCCUCCCUCAAACGCCUGGAGAAAGGUCUUGAUGAGUACUCAUCUGGUUACUGUACCACAAAGCGCCGGCCACACACAGCUCAGCCAGCUCUCCAGUCCUCCCAGCACCACCUUCACUGGGGUGGAGACUACACCCUCAGUGGGAGAGGAACCCUUCCCAGGCAUGCAGCCCGUCCCUGGAUCCCACCUGCUGGCAUGCCUCCUACAUCACCCACCCCCAACCCUUACCCUCUGGACCCACCGGAGCCUCAGUACAACCCCAACUAUGACACUCUGUCCAAGCCACCGAGGAAAGUUAAGUCCCAAGACCAGCUGCUCAACAUGGGUGAUGUCCCUGGGAACACAGGGACUCUCUCCCGGCUCUCCAAGAACCAGCAGCAUCAGUACUACAAAGACCUGGCGACUUCCAAUAAGAACUCCAACACGCAGACCCUCACCCGCAAACCCCGGGAUAGACAGGAUAGGCAGGAGGAUCGGCAGGAUAGGCAGGACAGGCAUGAGAGGCAGGAUCGGCUGCUCAUGUCCCCAGACCAUUUGGAGGAGAGGAUGGGAGUUGGCGGGAUGGGGGUUGUAGAUCCGUAUGCCCACACAGGAGGGAUGGUGCCCACGCUGCCUCGCCUCACGCCCCAGCAAAAGGCCCAGUCCCAGCAGAACGUCUGUGCCACGCCCUCCCUCGACCGGCACCACAUGAUAAAGAUGAACUCUCACCCCACGUCUGGAAGGGAACAGGAAAGGAACACGGCAGCCAUGACAGGGCAUAUGAGCGGGGGCAUGGGCUGGGCGGGGGAGAUGCCGCCUGGGGCAGGGGUAGUCAUGGGAACAGGAACACUAGGGGGCCACAGUGCAAGAAGGAUGGCGUUUGCUACGAAAAGGCAGAACACCAUUGAGCAGCUACAUUUUAUACCAGGAGGGGGUGGUACGGGCUCCGCGGGAAGUGGAGGAGGCAGUCAGGGCAUCAGGACAGGGAGUAAAAAUGAGGUGACGGUGUGAGGUGUUGUGCCUAAUGUAGAAACUGCCCCUCGUAAUUGGUUUGGAAAUAGAUUACCCUUCUGCAUUUAACUAUUAGAUAUAAAAAACUAUAUGAAAUUUAAAAAAAAAAAAAUAGAAUAAAAUUAUAAUGUAUUAUAAAAGUAUAAUGUGUUCAGGCUAUUCAAAUUAGUGUUCGCUGGUAACUAGAUAGCUUAAAUAUGAUUAUAUAUAAAGUUAAAGAUUAAGGUGGGGAAUAUCUGUUCCAACUCUAGCUAUGUGAUUGCCUACAUCAGCCAUAUUUCGUAACAGAAUUUGCCAUAUUGCCAUAUACAUUGGUGCCAUUACUAGUAGAAAGACUGAAAGGGUGAAACGAGACCAACGAAAGUGUCGUUCAUAACUUUGUUUUUAUACGUCUUUAAAAAAGAACUCAGGAGCCAUAUUAGAUAGGGAACCAGAUGUUAUCGAAACAGUGGACAAAGGAGGUAAACGAAGAGGAGAUACUUGUGGAACAUUGCAUCAAAUGAUUUUUUGGAGAAAUGUGCCAGUUACCUGCAGGAUUGUCAUCUUGCUCAGUCCUCGCCGACGAAGAUGAUUUUACAAAACUGAAUCUCUUAGGAAAGCAGCCCUGCGGACCAGAUAAGUCUAAAUGAACUCUGCCUGGUGAGAUUUGACACUCUGAUAUUUACUGAACCAACCUCAUCAUGACACAGGAAGACAGAACUGCUUUUUUUGUUUCUUGUUUUUUUUUUUUUUUUUUUGUUUCUUUUUUUGCUUCCCAUUUAAAUGAGUGGAUGAGAUGGGAGCUGUUUGGAGCUCACACUAUGACUGGGACACAGCAGCCUGACACUGUUGGCAGGAUCCUGUACCCAAAUAAACUGCCAGGGCACCCUCAUAACCAAUCAGCUGCCUGGGUUGCCUAGCUUUCCAUGUGACCUUAGAUUAUAUCCCCAGAGGACGUAACUCUCACACACUGAUCACUGUUACAUUGAAAAAGUGUACGCUGAUAUUAGAUGCUAUGGGCAAUUAUUUCCUAAUAUUUCUGUGUAUAGAUCAGGAGUUUACUAUAAAAAUAAUGGGCUAACCAAAUAAUAUAGAGCCAUCAGUCAUAUUAUUCAAAAACAACUCUUGACAUAGAUCAUACACAUUAGUCAAGAGAUAAAACAGAACGGACAUCUUUGUUCAGUUUACCAAUAAAAAAAAGGGCAACUUGCUUUUAUGUAGGUUGUGUAUGAAAAGCAUACAUUUUCUCUAGAGCACAAAGGAAUAGACCGUGACGCAGAGGUUGCACUUACACAACUGUCCUUCAAAGCCAUUUACGGAGAUACAAAGAAAAUACCACAGAUGAAGCUGGUCUGACAAUCACCAUUUUAUUAUUCUCACCAAGUGACAAAUUAUACAAGUCGACGAUAUUUUGUACAGUCAAAGGAUUGGCUUCGGUGCAAGCCAAAGUUUCUAGUCAGGGGAGAGGGCAACAAGAGGCCUUCUCCAGGAUGGCUCCACACGCCAUAAGAGACUCGGAUGGUUGGCAUGCCCUUGCCAUCCUCAAAUGAAGAUCUUGCUGUAUCAUAACGCACUUCAGCCAUUAUAAUAAAAAAAAGAAAAGAAAAAAACAACACAAAAAAAAAAUCUUCAUCAAUAACAACGCUUAUCAAUACUAAGGGCUAUCCUAUCCUAUAUAGUAUGUGAUAUCUGUGGUCCAUAUAAAAUGAUAUCUCUUUCUCUUGAUUUUGUGUUGAUAUCGUCAUGAUGUAUUAAGUAUUAAUGUGUACAAAAAACAAGAACAGUUUAAGCACAGUAUAAAGAGAAACAGACAAAACUUUGCACAACUCUAUCCCCUGAUAUUUGCACCAGAUACAAACGUAUUUGUAUCAUGUCCUCAAGGUUUACAUUCUGUAACAACAAGGUUGCAAGUGUGACUGAUCAAUGGAAAGUAUUGCAUUGAGAGGAUUUUUUGUAAUAACUAAAAAGGGAAAUCAGAGAUAACAGAUACAUGAAAGAGGAUUAUGAGCUUGUUUUUUGUUCAGUCAACGAAGAGGAUAUGGAGCUGAAAUACUUACAAACAGAAAUACUGAUCUCAUUCGGACAAUCUUCCUAUACACAGUGCUAAAUGUGGUUGUUAUAAAUAUGAUGGAGUGUUAUUAUUAAUUAUUAUAACUGUUAUUGUUAUUAUUAACAAUUAUCUUAUGAUGUGAUGUUCUUUUACUUGGUGGGAUUUAAGUGUUUAUUGUUUUUAGAUAACUAGCAUUAACAUGACUAGUUGGUUUUUGUUACAUCUGGUCAUAAAUCCAAGUUUUUAAAAACAUUCCAAAUCUUGAUGCAUGCCAGCUCCAUUUCAUUGAGAGGCAUUGACAAUAUGCCUGGAUUUAAGGUCAUUGAUGCUAACGGCCAAUUUCCAGCUGUAUGUAUAUAGUGCCUAGACAUCGGCCUUAUGACUUUUUGAUCUUAAGUGAUUGCUUAGGUUUCCACUCUGGUACAAAAACAUCUAGUUAAAAAAAAAAAAAUCUGCCGCCUUCUAAAUGUAUACGUGUUGAAAGGGUCUUAAACCAGCCAGUGAGGAUAGAGAUGUUUGGGAUGGGGCCAAAAGUUAUUAAUGCCACCAAACUGGAGACACUCUGUCUCUGCUGUUGCAGCCUGACCCAAUAACUUAUGGGUUGUACACACUAAACCCAUGAUGCCAUAAUGUAUGUGUGUUUGGAUGAAUGAUAACCCAGGUUGGAAAGAUGGAGGUUCAAUGGAAACCUGAAUGUUCUGAUUGCAGUGUCUUUUUCAGGGAUAUAGGACAGGUGACAUACAGUAGUGUUAGAUUUUUUUAAUAAAGCCACAAAAGGUCUGUAGCAAAGUCUGUAAUAUCUCACAAGCCAUAUCCAUCAAAAGUCAUUACUACAAUUUUAUAAAUGGUUAAUCUAAUUUGUGCAAGUAUUGUAUUUUGUAUAGCUAGUACAAUCAGAAUAUUUUAAUGAGUGAUCUCGACAUUAAUUUGAGGAUUCAGCAAAUUACGUGUUAGUAUUUAAUGAAUUGUACAGUGCCAAACUCAACAUUUUGUCGUCUUUCUAUUGUCAUAGCCUUCAACAUGGCAACAGGGAUAUUUCUUUUUCAGGACUGAAAAAUUAAACACAGGAAGGAAAGUUAAAAGGGUAAUUUUCAGAAAGAAAUGAAUGACUUUUGUGUGUGUUUUUCAUUGCCAUCAUUAAUUCAUUUAGAAUGAGGAUGGUUAAUGGUCAGUGGAAAUGUAAUACAUUAUUGACAGGAAACUGUACGGAUAGGGACUGUGUCCAUUAAUGAAAUUCACAGGAUUAUUUUCAUGCCUAUAAAUUUCAAAGUAACCCUUUUGUUAUUGUUCAAUGCAUUGAUCCCCUUGGAUACAACAGUGACUUACAAAGAAUUUGUGUAAUAAAGUUGGUGGAA